AUGGACGAAGCCUCGGGGAGGAGGGGUGCAGUUUAUAUACACGCAAGUGAUACACAGAACACAUUGGAGUCCGGUAACACAUCAGGGAACGAGCCAUCCAAUGCCCAGGGGUUUUCGCAUUAUUUAGACGGUGGAAUCAUAGAGGAGGAUACGGAGGAAGAAACGACAGCUGAUACCGCAAAUACGACACCAACCACUGCCUCGUCUUCUAAAAGACAUACACCGUCCGUUGAAAGGCAAACUAGAAGUGCCACACCUGUUAAACAAGAUGAAGAUAAGAUGGCCGGAAACAAACGAACGAGACGUGGCAGUAUUAAUCUACAGGUUCGCCGGCCAAACACGCUUCCCGAAUUUCCAAGCGCACCUCAACAGAGGCGGAUGAGUGUAAGACGGAACAGCACACUGCCUAUGCAUGGAGUAUCUACACCAGCUGCAACACGAAGGACCAGCGUGACUCCAAAGGUAAAGGAACCCGAGCCUGCCCUCACAGCAGAGCAAAAAGCAGCUUUCAAGGAAGCCUUUGACUUAUUUGACAGUAAUGGUGGAGGUAGCAUAGACGCAGAGGAGCUUGCUGAAGCACUAAACUCUGUGGAUAUUCACCUCUCAGUGGACGAGAUCAAGGAAGUCCUACAGGCCAUUGAUAAAGACGGUAGCGGCGAAAUCGACUUUGAGGAAUUCCUCAAUAUGAUGACCAACACAGAGAAGUUUCUUGAAAUGUUUGCAUCUAAACACGAAGGGGAGGGUCCACGGGAACUUGCAGGGCGAGGUCACAUCCUCUUUGAUGCACUCACGCAGUUCAUGAAAUCAUCAGCUCUGAAGCAAAUGGACGAAAUUGUCGGGUAUUACAAGAACAAGUACAGACGAGUUAACGCACCUCAUGUAGUGAUGCAUUAUGCAGCUGGAGCAAGGCUAAUUGGUUUAACGGAAAAGCAGUUAGCCAGACACCUUGAGCGACUUCAAGCUAGUAAUCAGGGGAAUGAUCUUAAAAGUCCCUACGCCCAGCCUCUUCACAUUUUCCUGACCGGUCCCCCUGUAAAGAAUGUCAAGAAAAAAGAGCCUCCAAUUGAACAGCGCCGCAGACGUACUGGAAAGAUUCGCCUGUUUGUACAUCUACCUCCAUCGAGUGAUAGUGACGAGACAGAAAAAUACACCAAGAGUCAACGUGAGGUUACCCAUAGUUGCAAGAAUACCGACAUCACCAGCAUAUUAAAACCAGCCUCCAAACCUCGACUUGGUUGGAUCAAACCCCGCAUUAAAAGCAUUGCUGCCCGCCUACCUCAGAGAAAAUCAGUCCUUACUAUGGAAGAUCUGGCAUCAAUCAGGAAGAGGAUAUCGGAUGCAAAGCAAGAAUACUACCACGACUUGGCCAAAAACAAGGUUGAAGAGAACCAGCGAUACUGGCGCUCACUACAGCCACAAUAUAUUCCGUCAGAAACGUUGAGAACCAACUUCCAGAAGGUGUUCUGCGCAUACAUUGCAGCGGGCCAACGAAAAAUGUGAUCAAACUUCAAUGGGUGUUUCGAGAACACGGUUAAAGCCCAGUAUAUAUCGUUAUAACCCGAUGACAGAAUCUUGAAGCCCGGUUCAUACAAUACUAAAGUACCAUUGAAAACGAAUUAUAUUAUUAUGGAAAUUCCUUUCGCUUUCUUUAUCUGCGUGACCUGCCGUCGAUUUC